GACAUCUGUGAGGAGGAAUUCAACAAAAUCCGUCCACAAGGUAAACAAAUUGCUCAGUUGGAAACUAUUUGUUUGUUGUGCAUCACAGUAAUGAGGGAUAUAAAUUUCAUGCAAAAGGAAUAAGUAUCUAUCACAAAAAGUAUUAGCUUUAUCCUUGUAAAUUUUGGGCAUCCUAUUGUUCUGUUGGAAUCUUAUGGCCAUUUUUGUCCGGGAGCCAAAGGAGCAUACUUGGCUGUGCACUGUGUGUGGGAGGGAUGACUGAUGUGUAUCUCACACACACAAUCACAGCAACCCCAGUGUGCCAUGUGACCUCACGCAUGCAGAAGAAGGUAGCUAGUGCUUUCCUAUAAGUGUGUUAGACUGCCUUGUGAUACAGCCUGAACAGCAUAAGACAUAUCACUCUUUCCUUUGCCCGGAUGAUAGCUGUCAUAUGAGUAGAGCUGUCUGUUGGGUGAGAAGUGGCACAUGACCAAAAAAAAUGGUAAGUUACAUCAAGGUAAACUCACCAGACAACGUCAACAGAAGUAAUCCAGAAAAUCGACUCCUUAGAUUCAAAUCUGGAAAGUUGCCCCACUGACAUCACUGAUGUGUCUGAUACCAGCAAAGCACAGAAAUUCUCAUAUUUAUGAUUUAAAAUGUUUCUACAUCCUGUUUUCCAUCUCCUUUUGGUCUGUGUCUCCACAGCUGCAGCAGCUCAAAGGAUUUCACCCUCAGAACUAAAGAGCAGAGAGGAUUUUCUGCAGUAUGUCUGUUAUCUGACUCUGGAUCCCAACAUAGUACAUCGUUCCAUUAUUCUCUCUGAAGAGAACAGAACGGUGACACGCAGUGGGACAGAACAGCGAUACUCUGAUCAUCCAGAGAGAUUUGACUCUUGGCCUCAGGUGUUGUGUAAGGAGAGUGUGUGUGGACGCUGUUACUGGGAGGUGGAGUGGAACAGUGUUGGUGUGUUCAUAUCAGUCUCAUAUAAAGAGAUCAGCAGGAAAGGACGGGGUGAUGAGUGCAAGUUUGGACUCAACAGUCAGUCCUGGAGUCUGUGUUGUGCUUCUACUUCUUCUGUCUCUUUCCAGCACAAUGGGAUUAGGACUGCACUCCGAGGUCCAGCGUCCUCCAGAAUAGGAGUGUAUGUGGAUCACAGUGCAGGAACUCUGUCCUUCUACAGCAUCUCUGACACGAUGAAGCUCCUCCACAGAGUCCACACCACAUUCACUCAGCCUCUAUACGCUGGGAUCUGGCUACCUUUUCAUAACUCAACUAUCAUGUUUUGUGAUCCAAGAUGAAAUGUUCAGUGAUUCAAUCAGUAGGGUAGGGUUCAUAAAUGAAAUUUGUUUUGGCCUGAGAGAGCCUCUUAAAACGCUUAAAGAGCUGGUUAAACAAUACUACAAUGUACCGAUUGUCAGUAUGUGCUGUGACUCUCCAUAUGCUUAACGGCUCCCGGUACGAACAGUGCUGCUUCUGUGUGUUUGAGUUCCUGUCAUGAUGUGACAUUUUUUGAAUCUUGCUAAACAUUAUUGUCUUAUUAUUGGUUGCUCUCCUAUUGUGUCAUGAUUGUGUGCACCUGUUUUGAAUAGAUUCCUGGUUAAUUUGAUGGCUUUAAUGCCUUAAAGCCAUUAAAAUCAUAGCAAUGUUUCCAAUCAUGCUUUUCUUGUGUUUCUAGUUGGAUGUUUCCUAGUUCCCUGUUUUCCACAUGUUCUAGUUUGACUUCUCUCUUUUUAAAAUAAUGUCUGCCUGUUUAUUUGAUUUAUGAUUAUGGAUUGUUCAUGUGUGACAUUGCCUGCCUCCCCCUAUGGAUUAUGAUUUGUGGAUUACCCCAAUA